AUGGGUGAUGAUCAAGCCAAGGGUGAAUUUGUUAGGCCCGUGUACUCUAACAUUGGAUCUAGUAGGUCCAUACCUAUUCCCGAUGAUGAUUGCGAGAUUCUAGAGGAGAGUGAAACUGAACCAUAUUCUAAUGCUUGCAACCAACCACAUUCUGAUACUGUUAACCAACCACAACUGACUAGAUAUAAGACUAAGAGUAAAGACAACAUGACUUCAUCAUCUAACAAGAAAACUAGAAAAUCUAAUCGUGAAGAGGAAAUGCUAUGUGCCUUUGUUGAGUCAAUGUCUCGGUUAACUGCUGUCGGUUUUGAAGCUCAAAGCAGUGGACCUCCUGCUGGCUAUGACUUUGGGUUUAUUGCUCCAAAGUCACACGUGGUUGCUGUGGGUUAUUGGCUAUUAUUUGGAGCUUGUAUAGCUCCUUGCUCUUUGGGUUUGUGGCUGUUAUUUGGAGCUUGUGUAGCUCUAAUUGCUUGGAAAAUUGAGGCGGAGCAGCUUCAGUUGAAGAGGUAUAUCCAACAAAACUAUACAAAAAUUCGUGAAGUCGAAAGAGAACUUGAGAAUCUUAAUUUAGAAUUGAAACUUACAGCUGGGCCAAAGAAAGCAGCACUUGAGCACUUGCGAAAGAAGAUUGAGUUGUCAACUGAGAGAAUACGUGUGGCUAAGCUGAAGGAAGAUCAAGCAAAAAAGGUUUGGGAAGCAGCAGCUCAAGUUGUGAAAGAUGAAGAGGCAGUGAAGCAGAAGAUUUGUGAUGAUCUAAAUCAGCUGGUGCAAGAAAGCACCAAUACACAGCUUACCAGACUUGAGGAGCUUAAAAGGCGACUUGAGUCUCUCAAUCCUAGCAGGGUGUCAAGUGAUGUUUCUGAUGGGAAAUCCCUGCAACAAACUAACAUGACAGCUCCACAGCCUAGUAUUCAUCAACAAUCAGAGCAAACUCCAUGGGCAUGUGAUAAUCCAAACAAUGUCGACAACAAUAUCAUUGAAUCAAAUGGACAGCAACGAUUCAACGAAGCAAGAGAAAAGAAGAGGAUGUUGAACAUAGGAAGAGGAAAGGGCAACAAUGGAAUUGUUCCCAAGGGUAGAGGAUCAAAAGGGCCUGGCUGGACUGGGGCUGGCUUUGAUAUGGAUGGUGGAGCAUAGACAAUGGAUGUGGCUGAUUCCAAAUGUACAUACAAGACAGUUGAUGGGGAAAAGAAAACAAACAAACAAACAAAGCUUGUGUUAUACCGAUUGAAUAAUUGCUGGAUUCUAGUAUUAUAUUUGCAAGCAUGGUAUGUGAGCUAUCAGAUUGCAUGUAUUAUAUUUUUCAUGGUAAAUAGUAGGAGAAACCUAAUGUUCUUAACCGCAAAAGCACCAGAUCUUAUCCUGGAAAUAAAUUGGAUAGUUAUGAGCA